CGAAAAAAAUUCGUUAAUUCCUGGACCGUCUGAUUUCUUUGAUUGUUCAAAGUAAUCAAUAUCAAUGGCUGCAAAAGGAGAAGGACCCGCUAUCGGAAUUGAUCUAGGCACGACCUACUCCUGUGUCGGAGUAUGGCAACAUGACCGAGUCGAAAUCAUCGCCAAUGACCAAGGCAACAGAACGACGCCGUCUUACGUCGCUUUCACCGAUUCCGAGCGUUUAAUCGGCGACGCUGCUAAAAAUCAAGUCGCCAUGAACCCUAUCAACACCGUCUUUGAUGCUAAGAGGCUAAUUGGGCGAAGAUUCACUGAUUCAUCGGUUCAAAGCGAUAUAAAGCUUUGGCCGUACAAGGUGAUUGCCGGCUCCGGCGAUAAACCGAUGAUCAUCGUUAGUUACAAAGGCGAAGACAAGCAAUUCUCCGCCGAGGAAAUCUCUUCCAUGGUGUUAACCAAAAUGCGUGAAAUCGCCGAAGCUUACCUCGGUUCCACAAUCAAGAACGCUGUCGUCACCGUCCCUGCUUAUUUCAACGAUUCCCAAAGGCAAGCCACCAAGGAUGCCGGUGUAAUCGCCGGUCUCAAUGUCAUGCGUAUCAUCAACGAACCAACCGCCGCCGCAAUUGCUUACGGUCUCGACAAGAAAGCAAGCAGCGUCGGCGAAAAAAACGUACUGAUCUUCGAUUUAGGUGGCGGCACCUUCGAUGUCUCGUUGCUUACGAUCGAAGAAGGGAUUUUCGAAGUUAAAGCCACCGCCGGCGAUACUCAUUUAGGCGGCGAGGAUUUUGAUAAUCGAAUGGUGAAUCAUUUCGUUCAAGAAUUUAAAAGGAAGAACAAGAAGGACAUUAGUGGAAACCCUAGAGCUUUGAGAAGAUUGAGAACUGCUUGUGAAAGAGCUAAAAGGACACUUUCGUCUACAGCUCAAACCACCAUUGAAAUCGAUUCCUUGUUCGAAGGAAUCGAUUUUUAUUCGACGAUAACUCGAGCUCGAUUCGAAGAACUCAACAUGGAUUUAUUCAGAAAAUGUAUGGAACCUGUUGAGAAAUGUUUGAGAGAUGCUAAAAUGGAUAAAAGUACUGUCCAUGAUGUUGUUCUUGUUGGUGGUUCAACUAGGAUCCCUAAAGUACAAUCCUUGUUACAAGAUUUCUUCAAUGGGAAAGAGCUUUGUAAAAGUAUUAACCCCGAUGAGGCCGUCGCAUAUGGCGCAGCGGUUCAAGCCGCGAUUUUAAGCGGCGAAGGGAACGAGAAGGUUCAAGACUUAUUACUCCUCGAUGUCACACCGUUGUCGCUCGGUUUGGAAACCGCGGGCGGGGUUAUGACCGUUUUGAUCCCACGAAACACGACGAUCCCGACAAAGAAAGAACAAGUUUUUUCGACGUAUUCGGAUAAUCAACCGGGCGUGUUGAUUCAAGUUUACGAAGGUGAGCGAGCAAGGACUCGAGAUAACAACUUGUUAGGCAAAUUCGAACUAUCGGGUAUUCCGCCAGCACCGAGGGGAGUCCCGCAAAUCACCGUGUGUUUCGAUAUCGACGCGAAUGGCAUCUUAAACGUAUCGGCCGAAGACAAAACGACCGGACAAAAGAACAAGAUCACGAUCACGAACGAUAAAGGUCGAUUAUCGAAGGACGAGAUCGAAAAAAUGGUGCAAGAGGCCGAAAAAUAUAAAUCCGAAGACGAAGAACAUAAGAAGAAAGUUGAGGCGAAAAAUGCAUUAGAGAAUUAUGCUUAUAACAUGAGGAACACCAUUAAAGAUGAAAAGAUUGGUUCAAAGCUUUCACCUGAUGAUAAAAAGAAAAUUGAGGACGCCAUUGAUGCUGCUAUUAAUUGGCUUGAUGCUAAUCAAUCGGCUGAAGCUGAUGAAUUUGAAGAUAAAAUGAAAGAGCUUGAGAGUCUUUGUAAUCCCGUUAUUGCUAAGAUGUACCAAGGCGGAGCUGGACCGGAUAUGGGUCGUGCUGGUGGCAUGGCUGAUGAUGUUCCGCCGUCUCGUGGCGGCGGUGGUGCUGGUCCCAAAAUUGAAGAAGUUGAUUAAGCUUUUUGGUUAAUUUAGUUUUUUCUUUUUCAGAAAUUUUCUUAUUUUGGAUUUUAUGCUUUUCUUAAUUUUCUUUUUGAUGAAUGCAAUUUCCAAUUUUUGUGUCUUGCUUGGAAAAA